UCUAUGACCGAGACCGGAUUUCUAUGAGCAGCUAUUGGUCUGAAUUCUUCAAAUUGCAAGGGACCAAACUAUCUAUGAGCUCAGCCUACCACCCACAGACAGACGGACAAACCGAGGUAACCAACCGAACCCUUGAGCAGUACUUAAGGUGCUACGUCCAUCAAUUCCCGAAGAGGUGGGAAAACUUUUUGACUUGGGCUGAGUAUUGGUACAACACUACCUACCAUGAAUCGACCAAAAUGACGCCAUUUGAGCUGGUAUACAGGCGUAAACCCCUCACAAUGAUCAACUAUUCGGAGGGAAGUACGGUCAAUGAUGAAGUUGGUCGGGAACUCGAGGAACGAGAUCUAAUGUUGAGAGAGUUGAAGAAAAAUCUCGAAGGAUCGAUUAAUCGAACCAAAGACUUCGCAGAUGGAAAGAGGCGUGAAAAGAAUUUUGUACCAGGGGAGUAUGUCUAUCUGAAGCUAAGACCAUUCGGACAACGCACAACAGCACAAAGGGCAGCAACUAAGUUGGGCGUUCGCUAUUAUGGACCUUAUCAAAUUCUGAAUCGCAUUGGUCAGGUAGCUUAUCGUCUAGAAUUAUUAGAAAGUUCUCAGAUCCACCCCGUUAUCCAUGUGUCACAGCUCAAAAGGAGUUUAGGAGAAGCACAGAAGUAUUGUGAAGAAUUGCCAGCAACCGCAACCGAUGGUAGG